GGGCCAACUGCCGGGCGACCUCGCCCGGUGCUGAGUGUAGCCGUCCUCUUCCCAGCGCGGCGGCUGGGCUCAAGCUCGUUCUCUCUCGAGCACCGGAGGAAUCCGCAGCCCCACCAGACCCGCUGAGGUCGCGACGCCGGCGUCGGCUGCGGCUGCGACGGCCCCGGGACCGCGUGAGGCUCCGGGGUCGCGGCGGCGAUUGGCCGGCUGCGGCGCUCGCUCCCAGAAUGCAGCGCAUGGCGCGUCAUUGAAGAGAGACCAUGAUGGCGGCGGCGCUGGGGCCCCCAGAAGUGAUCGCUCAGCUGGAGAACGCGGCCAAAGUUUUGAUGGCACCACCUUCCAUGGUCAAUAAUGAACAACGCCAGCAUGCAGAGCACAUAUUCUUAUCAUUUAGGAAAUCAAAAUCACCAUUUGCAGUUUGCAAGCAUAUUUUGGAAACUAGUAAAGUGGACUACGUCCUUUUCCAAGCUGCCACAGCCAUCAUGGAAGCAGUUGUCCGAGAGUGGAUUCUCUUGGAAAAGGGCAGCAUCGAGUCACUGCGGACAUUCCUCUUAACCUAUGUCUUACAGAGGCCCAACCUCCAAAAGUAUGUUCGGGAACAGAUUCUAUUAGCAGUAGCAGUAAUUGUCAAGCGAGGAUCAUUAGAUAAAUCAAUUGACUGCAAAAGCAUUUUUCAUGAAGUUAGCCAAUUGAUAAGUAGUGGCAAUCCCACUGUGCAAACGCUGGCCUGUUCUAUUCUAACUGCACUGUUGAGUGAAUUCUCAAGUUCAAGUAAAACUAGCAACAUUGGACUGAGUAUGGAAUUCCAUGGUAACUGCAAAAGAGUUUUCCAGGAAGAAGACCUUCGCCAGAUCUUCAUGUUGACCGUUGAAGUUCUGCAGGAGUUCAGCAGGCGGGAGAACCUCAAUGCACAGAUGUCUUCAGUGUUUCAGCGUUACCUUUCACUUGCCAAUCAAGUCUUGAGCUGGAACUUUCUUCCUCCAAAUUUGGGCAGACAUUAUAUAGCUAUGUUUGAAUCCUCACAAAAUGUGCUGCUGAAGCCAACAGAGACCUGGCGGGAGACUCUUCUGGACAGCAGAGUUAUGGAACUUUUCUUCACAGUACAUCGAAAAAUCAGAGAAGAUUCAGAUAUGGCACAAGAUUCUCUGCAGUGCCUUGCCCAGUUAGCUUCUCUUCAUGGACCCAUCUUCCCCGAUGAAGGAUCCCAAGUUGACUAUCUAGCACACUUCAUUGAGGGAUUACUGAAUACCAUAAAUGGAAUUGAAAUAGAAGAUUCUGAAGCUGUGGGACUCUCCAGCAUUAUCAGCAAUCUGAUAACUGUGUUCCCUCGAAAUGUUUUAACUGCCAUUCCCAGUGAACUUUUCUCCUCCUUUGUUAACUGCCUCACACACCUCACUUGUUCUUUUGGGCGAAGUGCUGCAUUGGAAGAAGUGCUCGAUAAGGAUGACAUGGUGUACAUGGAAGCAUAUGAUAAGUUGCUGGAGUCCUGGCUAACUUUGGUCCAAGAUGACAAGCAUUUCCAUAAAGGCUUUUUUACCCAGCAUGCAGUUCAAGUUUUCAAUUCCUAUAUUCAGUGCCACCUAGCUGCUCCAGAUGGCACACGGAAUUUGACUGCCAAUGGCGUGGCCUCUCGUGAGGAAGAAGAAAUAAGUGAACUUCAAGAAGAUGAUCGAGACCAGUUUUCUGAUCAACUAGCCAGUGUAGGAAUGCUAGGAAGAAUUGCUGCAGAUCACUGUAUACCUCUUCUGACAAGUUUAUUAGAAGAAAGAGUAACAAGACUCCAUGGUCAGUUACAGCGACAUCAGCAGCAAUUACUUGCUUCACCUGGCUCAAGCAGCAUUGACAACAAAAUGCUUGAUGAUCUCUAUGAAGAUAUCCACUGGCUUAUUUUAGUUACAGGCUACCUCUUAGCUGAUGAUACUCAGGGAGAGACUCCGCUAAUACCUCCAGAAAUAAUGGAAUAUUCCAUUAAGCAUUCAUCUGAAGUUGACAUUAAUACAACACUUCAAAUUUUGGGAUCUCCAGGAGAAAAGGCUUCUUCCAUCCCAGGGUACAACAGAACAGAUUCUGUGAUUAGGCUGUUAUCUGCUGUUUUAAGAGUUUCAGAAGUUGAAUCUCGAGCAAUACGAGCAGAUCUCACUCAUCUACUAAGCCCUCAAAUGGGCAAAGAUAUUGUUUGGUUUCUAAAACGCUGGGCCAAGACUUAUCUCCUGGUGGAUGAAAAACUAUAUGAUCAGAUAAGUCUACCAUUCAGCACAGCAUUUGGAGCAGAUACAGAGGGUUCUCAGUGGAUUAUUGGCUACCUCUUACAAAAAGUCAUCAGUAACCUCUCAGUCUGGAGUAGUGAGCAGGACCUUGCAAAUGAUACUGUGCAGCUCCUUGUCACUUUGGUGGAAAGAAGAGAAAGGGCAAACUUAGUAAUUCAGUGUGAAAACUGGUGGAAUCUAGCUAAGCAAUUUGCAAGUAGAAGCCCACCUCUUAAUUUCCUGUCAAGUCCGGUGCAGAGGACACUGAUGAAGGCUCUGGUUUUGGGAGGUUUUGCACAUAUGGACACAGAAACCAAACAACAGUAUUGGACAGAGGUUCUUCAGCCACUUCAGCAGCGGUUCUUGAGAGUGAUCAACCAAGAAAACUUUCAGCAGCUGUGUCAGCAAGAAGAAGUCAAGCAGGAGAUCACUGCCACACUGGAGGCCCUGUGUGGCAUUGCAGAGGCUACUCAGAUCGACAACGUAGCCAUUCUUUUCAAUUUUUUAAUGGACUUCCUUACCAAUUGCAUUGGGUUGAUGGAAGUUUACAAAAAUACCCCAGAGACUGUCAACCUCAUUAUAGAAGUUUUUGUUGAAGUUGCACAUAAACAGAUAUGCUAUCUUGGAGAGUCCAAAGCUAUGAACUUAUAUGAAGCCUGCCUUACUUUGUUGCAAGUAUAUUCUAAGAAUAAUUUAGGACGGCAAAGAAUAGAUGUUACAGCGGAGGAAGAACAGUACCAAGACCUGCUGCUUAUUAUGGAGCUUCUUACUAACCUUCUGUCAAAAGAGUUUAUAGAUUUCAGUGACACAGAUGAAGUGUUCAGAGGACAUGAACCAGGUCAAACAGCAAACAGAUCUGUGUCUGCAGCUGAUGUUGUUUUGUAUGGAGUAAACCUAAUUCUCCCCUUGAUGUCACAAGAUCUUUUGAAGUUUCCAACCCUUUGUAAUCAAUACUACAAAUUAAUCACAUUUAUCUGUGAGAUUUUUCCUGAAAAAAUACCACAGCUUCCUGAGGAUCUGUUUAAAAGUCUGAUGUACUCCCUAGAACUAGGAAUGACAUCAAUGAGUUCGGAGGUUUGCCAGCUCUGCCUGGAGGCCUUGACACCGUUAGCUGAACAGUGUGCAAAAGCACAAGAAACAGAUUCACCACUUUUUCUAGCAACUCGGCACUUUCUUAAGCUGGUUUUUGAUAUGCUCGUUUUGCAAAAGCACAACACUGAGAUGACCACUGCGGCAGGUGAAGCUUUCUACACGUUGGUGUGUUUGCACCAGACUGAAUAUUCUGAACUGGUGGAGACAUUACUGUCAAGUCAGCAAGACCCAGUUAUUUACCAGAGAUUAGCAGAUGCCUUCAACAAGCUUACUGCAAGCAGCACUCCUCCUACGCUGGAUCGGAAGCAGAAGAUGGCCUUCCUCAAAAGUUUAGAAGAAUUUAUGGCAAAUGUUGGUGGUCUCCUUUGUGUAAAAUAAACAAAACUAUGUGCUUAAUUUAGAUCCUUUUGCAAAGUGCACUGAAUUGCUGAAAGUUGACUUGAAUCUUGUCCUGUUCCUCAGUUCAUUUGGCCAUUUUGGAUUUUGGAGAGCCUGAAACUUUGAUACCGAAUGCAGUGAAACAGGAGAGGUCAACUUUGAAUCAGCUUCUGCCGUUAGGUGUUAGCCAUGAUCUGUCAUAUACGUGUCUUCUAGAUUUUGAAUGGUGAUUUAAAAUUUUCAAAAUGCAAUUCCAUAUAUGUGCAAACAGAUAUGGGCACCAUGAAAUGCAUAUUCAGUGCCUUUUUCCCAUUCUUCAAAACAGGUGGCUAGCCAAAGUUAGAAUCUGUUAUUGAAUAUUAGGUGGAUCUGUUCUGGGCAAUAUUUCUCAAAAUAUUUUCCACAGAUCACCUGCCUCACUUAAGGAACCAGAUUCUUGGGCCCAAUUGUAGAUUUUCAUUAGAAUCUCGGUUACUGGGUCCUGGAGUCUUCAUUUUAAUAAUAAUCUCCCCUUCAUUCAAAAACCCCAGAAUUUUGAAGCAAUGCAAGAGACAUUGGAAACUCUUUCCUCCCUCCCUUCAAUGCCUAGGCUUGUAAUUAAGCAGGAAGAAAGAUGAUCACCAAGUUUUCAUUGGCUUCUCUUUUCGUGUGUGUGUGUGUGUGUGUGUCUGUCUGUCUGUCUGUCUGUCUCUCCUCCCUCUUCCCCCUUUCCCUACCUCCUCCGCUUCCCCACAUACCUGAUGUUGCAAGUUUUGUGUGUAAUUAUUGUAGAUCUCUAAUCAUACUCUGAUACCUGAACGUAAGAGGGAAAAUAUGUGUGUAUUUUUGUUCCGAAAAAAGAACUUUAGGAACUGUAGCCAUUUCAUUGCCUUAAUUUUAAGAGGGAAAUACAAAAACAGAGAAGAUUUGUCUGAAAGUAAGAAAUCAAGUCUUGAUGCUUCAGAGCUGGCUUAGGGUGUUGACUGCUGUGAGCCUGUGGCCCCUUUGAUCAUGUACUCAUGUGGGUUUCUGAGUGAAAUGAAAGGCAUGGCCGGUGUAGUUGAUUUCAGUAUGUUUCUAUCCAGCAACAUAGCCCAUAUCUACUCCGAAUUGCUUGCUUAAGCAAUAACUUUUUAAAGGAUGUGAAUUACUGAUUCACACAGACUAUUGCACAUUGGGGCAUUAGGGGCAAUAAUUAUGCUAAACUGGGUGUUAACCCUCAUGUCACAAGAGCUACACAAAUUUAAUGUCAGAGAUUAAAAUAGUCACUUUAGCUGGGGGUGGUGGCAUAGGCCAGUAAUCCCAGCACUUGGGAGGCAGAAGCAGGAGGAUCUUGAGUUCGAGUCCAGCUUGGGCUACAUAGUAAAUUCUAGGCCAGCUGUGGCUCAAAAAAAAAAAUUGGGGGUCUUCUAGUUUGAUCUUUUUAAUUAGGAUUUUUAUACUGCUGCCAUGCUCCCCUUAAUUCUGUGCCAGCUUAAAUAAUGGAAAUGAGCCACUGAAACUGCCCAUUGCAAUACCAGAGUCACAGGGACAAGUAGAGGACUCUGGCACAGGUGCAUCUGAGACUGCCAUGGAGGGGCAAGCUUUCUCCUCCUCAUACUCUUGACAGCUAUCUGCUAAAUCAUCCUGCAGGUACAGUUUUUAUGCCUGAAUUGCACAUAGCAUGUACAUCUUUACAUGCGAUGCUCUGUAAAACUUUAACUCUGUGCUACCAGUUCUGUUUAACAAAACUGGAGGAUUUAAGUCACAUCACACCUGGCUGGCGACCACAGGAGGUAUGAGUGAAAGAAAGGCCUAAUACCUUCUGAGGAUAUUUUCUCUUAAUUUGAUCACCACUCAGCAACAAUAAAAGGUGGAGCAAAAACACCUUAAAAUGCUGCUAGAAAGAAAACCAGUAUCACUCUUCAUGAAUAAGCAUUGAUUAUUCAGUUAUUUUCCUUAAAAGAACUUAACAUGACAUGCAGCAGUAAUCAUCUUGUUUUGCCUUCGUCCUGGUGUUUUGUGUUGCCUGGCUUCCUUGAGCUUCCUCAGCAGUUGUUACUGCUUCUGUGUGUGAAAUAAAUAGAGUCCUUUUGCCAAAGGGCACUGAGACACACAGCGGACUGCAUAGAUCCACAGGUCAGGACAAAACUGUAAUCAAGUUGUUACUAAAGGUAAAGCUGAGUAGGAAAGGAAUGCCUUGGCAAGUUAGACUUACAUACAGAUCACAAUACAUUUGCUAGAUUUUGCCCUGAUCCUAUUGUGGUACUGCCAUUUUAUUAGGCCAGUUUUAAUUAAAAGAAAAUGGACUUUAGAUUGGACCAAAUAAUGCUUAAGAGCUCACCAGAAUGUUGAGUAGUGGCAAAUGGGAAAUGACACCAUCAUAUGCUAGGUAGCAGUGUCUACUUCAUCAGUGGACAAACUCUUUAGGGUGUGAUGAUUUGCUUGCCUGAUUGCAUAUUGUUGAGUCUGGUUCUUUUGUUUUACUAUGUCCAGUUCUGUCUUUAGCUAUGUUUAUUAGCUCUUCAGAUUUUAUUUUUGCUUAAUGCUCUUGACCCAGUGGGUAUUGAGAACACUGGCUUAAUUCUAGUUUUUCUAAUUAAAAUUGACGUUAGGUUGUUGAAAGAUCUUUUGAAACAAAAACAUUAUUUGUACCCUUUUUGAAUAUAUGUUAAAGGGGCACUGUCAGGUAUUUUUAAAGAUUUUUCUGUUUUAAAUUGCUGUUGUUUUUUGUAGUAUCCUCGAUAGCCUGUAGUUUUCCAUAUAUCCUUUGUUCAGUUUUUGCCUCAUUUUGUGUUCCUUGAUCCAUUUGUUUCCCAAGACACAAUCACUAAGGACUUUGUAUGCCUACAGUUGGUAUUAAUGUAACAGUACCUGUAAUUAUGUUCUUGUAGCUCUGUUAAAAAAGGGUGGUUUCAUUGCUGUCCUUGUUCUGGGCAGGUGGCUGCCUGGAUAGCUCCAGUGUUUGACAGUGUCCUUUCAAACAGUUAAUUGGGGUCUUUCUGCCUGCCUCCUAUUCUGUUCAAAGACAGUAGCAUGUGAAUAUUACUCUGUUGAGUUUUCCUCAAGUACAAAGUAUGAUAAUACUGUGUAUAAACAAACUUUCCAAUUUUUUUCAAACUGAUUUUAAGAAUUGAAUCUUAAUGUAAAUUGCAUCUAAUGACAUUACUCUGUUGAGAUGGAUGAUUACUACUUUUCUUUUUUAUGAUUUUCAUGUUAAACAUCUAUAUAAUUUUCCUCAAUCAGCAUUACUGAACACUUCCUUUAUUGUCUUUGAUUGAACUUUCUCUUUUACCAAAAAUACCAAGUCUUCAUAAUCCUAACUUCACUGUAUCUCCUAUUUCUAUUAAUACUUUCACGGACGUCUCAAGUAUUAAAGGGAAGGUAGCAGUCAGUUUCAAGUAUUUCAAGUUCGAGUCUCUAGUAUACAGUGUUGGUUAAUCCCUAAAAAAUAUUAUUUCACCUGUUACAAUUUUACUUGUAUUUUGUUUGCCACCUCUGUUGUGAGAGGCAGUUGUAAUCGUACCUUACUAAGUUAGCUGUCUCUGACCAGUAAUUGUCAUUAUUGGUUCCUGAAUAAAAUAGUAAUUUUUUGAGUCAGAAGGAACCUCAGUCCUUAGGAGUUCUUUGUUUUUUUUUUAACUCAGAGAGUAAGAAACAGGUUUGGAAAUGAGGUUUUAACAUAAUAUUCUGUAAAUGUUUCUACAAAGCAACAUAGAUAAUGAGGAUAUAAUAUUUUAAAUUAUUUUUAAUUGUACAUGGAUAUUCUCUGACUUGGUAACUAUGUUCUGAAAACACUGUACUUAAGAAUUCUUUAAAAGUUGAUUUUCUAAAAUUGAAAAAUGCCCACAUUUGUCAGGCGCCUGUGACUCACAACUAUAAUUCUAUCUACUUGGGAGGCAGAGAUCAGGAAUAUCCCAGUUUGAGGCCAGCCAAGGCAAAUAGUUCUCAAGACCCUAUCCUAAAAUACCCAAUACCA